AUGGACAGCGGAAGCUCCUCCGCGCAGGAGCUGCCGGAGCGGCUGUGGCCCUGCCCAAGGGGUCCCGGAGCCCAAGGGCAGCACCUGCUCAGCAGCCUGGCCCCAGCGCACACCCUGGCCAGAGUCAUCCGGCCGUGCUACGGCCCCCACGGACGCCAGAAGCUCCUGGUGACUGCCAGCGGAGACACCGUCCUCACGGGGUAUGCCACCGCCAUCCUCGGGGCGCUGGAGCUGGAACACCCCGCCGCCCGGCUGCUGCGGGACGCAGCCCUCGGCCAGGCUGAGCACAGCGGCGACGGCACAGCCUUCGUGCUGCUGCUGGCAGAGGCUCUGCUGGCGCAGGCCGAGCGCUUGCUGCUGGCCGGCCUGCCUCGCGCCCAGCUCCGGGAGGCCUACGCCAGGGCGACCGCAGAGACCCUGGCCCUUUUGCCCUCACUGGCGAUCCGGUCCCUGGGGCCUUUGGAAGACCCGUUUUGGGUUCUCUACUCGGUGAUGAAUACCCACACUCUGUCCGGGACGGAAUACUUAACCAUGCUGGUGGCCCAAGCGUGCGGGGCGGCCCAGGAGCUGGAUGGCAGCUUCCACCCCGAGCGCGUGGGGGUGUGCACGCUGCCGGGAGGACACCUGGAGGACUCGUGCCUGCUCCCGGGACUGGCCGUGUUCGGGAAGCCCUGCGGGCAAGUGACCUUGGUGCCGAGGGGCGCUAGGGUGGCCCUCUUUGCUUGCACCUUUGGUCUUGCCAAUCCAAACGCACCUGCCACCGCCCGUCUGUCUAGUCCUGCUGACCUCGCUAAAUUUAGGAAAGGAAGCGAGCAACUGAUAGACAAGCAAGUCGCCCAGCUGGCAACCGCGGACAUCAACGUGGCGGUGGUAUGGGGGGAAGUGGAGGCAAAGACCCUGAUGCAGGCCGACAAGUACGGCAUCAUGGUGAUUCAGGUCGAGGCCCGGCGGCAGCUGGUUUACCUGAGUGAGGUCCUGGGCACCCCUUUGAUGCCUUACCUGAUCCCCCCACUGGAGCCAGGGAGGUGCCAGCGGGUGUACAAGCAGGAGCUGGGAGAUGGUCUGGCUGUGGUAUUCGAAUGGCAAUGUCAAGACGCCCCUGCCCUCACGCUGGUCUUUCGGGGGGCCACGACUGAGGGGCUGCGGGCGGCAGAGCAGGCUGCCCAUCAGGGCAUCGAGGCCUUUCGCCAGUUGUGCCAGGACCCCAGACUGCUCCCGGGAGCUGGGGCCACAGAGAUGGCGCUGGCGACAAUCCUCUCAGAGAAAGGAACCAGAUUGGAAGGGCCUGACGGCCCUGUCUUCCAGGCAUUUGCCCAGGCCCUGCAGUCUCUUCCUGCAACCUUGGCAGACAAUGCAGGCCUAAGUGUCUCCAACGUGAUGGCAGAAAUGAAUGCUGCUCACCAAGCUGGGGGCUUCCUCGCAGGAGUGGGAGAUGAAGGGAUAAUAAAUGUGGCCCAGGAGGAGGUGUGGGACACCCUAAUCACCAAAGCCCAAGGACUCCAAGCGGUGGCCGAUGUGGCAAUCCAGCUGGCCACUGUCGACGAAAUCAUAGUGGCCAAGGAAAGUUCCACACGGCAGCCAGACUCGAAUCCUAAACCUCCGAAGGCAAAGAAACGCCCAUCUCCUCUGGGGGAAAAAGUCCCGUAA